AUGGCCAAGGAAGAGGAUGAUGAUAAUUUACCCGAUAAAGAUGCGGCGAAGGAGUUUUACGCUAAGUACGAACCAAAAGAAAUAAUUGGACGUGGGAUUAGCUCAACUGUGCGAAGAUGCAUUGAGAAAGAAACUGGUCAUGAGUUUGCAGCUAAAAUUAUAGAUCUCAGUCAAGAGUCACAAGAUGGAGUUGACACACAUACUAUGAGGGAUGCCACUCGACAAGAGAUAAAUAUACUGAGGCUUGUUGCUGGUCAUCCUUAUAUUAUUGAACUGCAAGAUGUCUUUGAAUCAGAAACAUUCAUUUUCCUGGUGUUUGAGCUAUGCAAAAAUGGUGAACUAUUUGACUAUCUUACUUCUGUUGUUACUCUAUCAGAGAAGAAAACAAGAUAUAUUAUGAGGCAAGUUCUAGAAGGUGUACGGUAUGUCCAUAGCAAGAAUAUUGUGCACAGGGACUUGAAGCCUGAGAAUAUUCUAUUAGAUGAUCAAUUAAAUGUUAAGAUCACAGACUUUGGGUUUGCUAAAGCCCUCAAAAAUGGAGAAAAGCUUUUUGAGUUGUGUGGAACUCCAGGCUACCUUGCACCAGAAACUCUAAAAGCUAACAUGUUUGAGAAUGCACCAGGAUAUGGAAAAGAAGUUGACAUGUUGGUAGGAUGUCCACCAUUCUGGCAUCGCAAGCAAAUGGUAAUGCUACGUAAUAUCAUGGAGGGGCGAUACUCCUUCACCAGUCCAGAAUGGGUUGACAUAUCAGAGGACCCAAAGGAUCUCAUAAGGCGCUUUCUAGUCGUCGAACCGAGCGAAAGAAUCGCUAUUGACGAUGCUAUAGAACAUCAGUUCUUUCACACAAAGCUGUGGGACCAGGACGUCACACCACUCAAGAAGACCUUCUCAACCGCCGGCAAACGGAUGUCGCGCAUCGAUCAGAUUGCUAUGGCAAUCAAAUCAAGUGGAUUCAAUGCGCGUGCGCGGCUGCGCCUAGCAAUGAUCACCGUCCGUGCUGCUGUGAGGCUACGUCACCUGCCUCACACCGCCAGCCGUGCUAUUCCUCUGCACGAAGCUCUUCACGACCCUUAUACUCUACGGGUCCUCAGAAAGGUAAUAGAUGGAUGUGCCUUCCGCGUGUACGGGCAUUGGGUCAAGAAGGGUGAAGGGCAGAACCGAGCGGCCCUCUUCGAGAACACGCCCAAGACGGAGCUGAAAAGUUUGUACGUUAGCAACCUGAGCCGAUAG